ACGGAGGAUAGUAUAUAUUAAUAUGAUGACAUAUGCAUGCAUGCAUCUGCAGGUUCUUCGUGGAGAACAACCUGAGCCUAGACAUUACCCCUCAAUCACUGAAAACGCAGCUGACAUGGUUCAAUAGCUACUUGGAAAGUGUGGGGUGCAGAGACUACAAAUCAACACCAAAGCAGUGUGGGGCGGUUUUUGAAGACGCCCUGUUCUGGGUCGGUGAGAUUGGGGCCAACGAUUAUGCAUACACCCUCGGAUCAAACGUUCCUGCCAAAACUAUUCAGCGUCUUGCCGUCUCCACUCUUACCACCUUCAUACAGGCAAUGCUGCACAAGGGUGCAAAGAAGAUGGUGGUACAAGGGCUACCCACGACGGGCUGCUUGACGCUGGCCCUCUACUUGGCCCCACCGGACGACAGAGACGCCAUGGGCUGCGUAGCCUCCUCCAACCACCAAAGCUACGCCCAUAACGCCAUUCUCCAGUCCAAUCUCGACAUCCUCCGCCGCCGCUUCCCGCAGGCCACCAUUGUGUAUGCCGACUACUGGAAUGCCUACAAGUCCGUCCUCACCAACGCCAAACGCUACGGCAUCACCCAGCUCUACAGAGCCUGCUGCGGCUCUGGGGACGCCGUCUUGAACUUCGACGUUUUCACCACUUGCGGCUCUCCUGCCGCCGCAACAUCCUGUCCGGACCCCUCUCAGUACAUUAACUGGGAUGGCGUUCAUCUCACCGAAGCAAUGUACAAUGCUGUUGCAGAUAAGCUUCUUAAUGGCACCUUUUCUCGGCCUCCCUUUCGCUCAUUGCUGCGGGCUGCGCGCGCCGCGUAGCAAUUAAGAUCCAACAGGCCAUGUCUUCUCCCAUCUAUCUUAUUCCCUAAACCCCAACUUUUGGACUUUUGGUUGUCUUUUCUCAUUUGUUUUUUCUAGAAACUGUAUUUUAUGGACUCUCUAGUGAAAAAGUCGUUAAAGUGAAUACAUUUAUAAGUUACGAGACCAUAUUUACGACUGAGUAAAAUUACAGAGUAUAAAACUCAUAACGGACACCACAGAAAGUUACAACAUCAAAAUUGCAAAUAAGUUAUAUAAUGCAUUAUAUGUAGUAUAUUACUACUAAUCCCUUA